GGGAGCUGCGCGCGCAUGCGCCCUACCCGCGCCCCGAGGAGGGAGGGACGCAGGGAGAGGGAGCUGAGUGCGCAUGCGCCCUGCCCGCGCUCCGAGGUGGGGAAGGAGCUGCGCGCGCAUCCGGCCGCCCCCCUCUCGGGGUUGGCAGCGUGCGCGCCCCCGCCUCGCGACGUGCGCGCCCCCCCCCCCGCGGCCGGACCUGUCCAUCCGAUCGGCGCCCUGGCUCCAUUAGGGGCCUUCGCGGCCUUCCUCCUCCUCGCCGCCGCCGUCACCGCGCGCCAAGAUGUCCAGUCCACUUGCUCUGAAACGAAGCUGACACAAGAUCUCCUGAAGGAAGGCUUUCACAGGGACCUGCUGAUAGAAGUGGAACUCGGUGGAAGCGUCGAGGACACCGGCAGCUGCCGGGUCUUGCUGAAACAAGAGAUCCCGUCGGGACUGUACGUGGACCCCUUCGAGUUGGCAUCGUUAGAGGAAGACAGGACUGCCGAGGUAUCAGUAGUACCAGAUUUUGUGGACGUGGAAGCCCCCGAAUACUUGUCCAAAGAAUUCGACAUCUUUAUCUACACUAAAGCAAUCCCCGAGCGCCCUGGCUCGUUCCGAGCUGUGUUUCCCAUUCACUCUCGCUAUCAUCGCCCGCAAGAGCAAGAUGGGGUAGCUACAGUCGUGCUGAAGAAACCAGAACUACUCGUCCAUUGCCUCAAAGAUUUCCCAACCAGGAAGUGUUGGAAGCACUCAGAAAUGGCAGCUCCUUGUUCUUUGAGAAGUGAACAGAUGUGUCACUGGAGCAGCGUGGAGUAUAUAUUAGUCAGCAAGGAGGUGAGAUGGAACGUUCCGGUGGGGCUGACGGGACACACUCCCUUGGUGUGUCUCGUGACUCUGCUCACCACAAUCUUCUGUUGCAUUUACGUUCUGGCCGCGCUUCUCAAACACGGGCGUUUCUCCGAAGACGCGUGACGCCCGGCUCUACCCUCGGCAAAUCUAAACACUACUCACCACUUGUACUGGGGGAUUCGCUUUAUCUACUGUUAUUUCAAGUUGUAAAGAAUCCAGUAGAAUAAAAUUGUUUAUUAAAAGAGGAGCUUUGAUCCCUCAAAACGUCAGAGAA